UUUCCUUAUGUCUCAUUCAUAAACAACCGCGGUCACUCGGCGGGGACGUCUUUUAUUUUGGUUUCCCACAGAUGUACAACCUCCUAACAAGAAGAUAGAUCAAGUUGUGUUGAAUUGGGCACAGAAGAAUAUAUAUAGAUAUAAAAUCCAGAAUUUUCCAUAAUAAGAAUGGUUAAGAAGAUUUUAAUGAUAUGUUUGGGCAACAUUUGCCGGUCACCCAUCGCCGAGGCCGUUAUGGUGGAUACUAUUAAAAAGGCUGGAGUAUCUGCUGAAUGGGAAGUUGAUAGUGCUGCCAUUGGAGGUUGGCAUGUUGGUAAUCCGCCAGAUCAUCGCGCCUUGAGUACAAUGAAAAAACAUGAUUUGCCCUAUACCAAUAGAGCACGUCAGAUUAAAUCGAAAGAUUUUGAAGAGUUCGAUUACAUUUUUGGUAUGGAUGAAGAAAAUAUGGAUGAUUUGGCUAGUAGGGCACCCAAAGGCUCCAAGGCUAAACUACUAAUGUUGGGUGACUUUGGUUUACCCAAGGCUGAACGUAUUAUUGAAGAUCCAUAUUAUCAACGUGGUGAUGCCGGCUUUGAGAAGGCCUAUCAACAGUGCGUGGUGGCUUGUGAUGCCUUCCUUAAGAAGGCUUUGGCUAAUGAAAUAUAAGGUGAUAAUAUUCGGUUAUAAAUAAUAUAUAUUUGUUGAUACCUAUAAAACGUUUUGAGUUACAGUAGUGGAAGUUUAAAAAAAUAAAUAUCAUAUACUUUAAAAAUGUAAAAAAUGGUCAAAAAUUA